AUGCCAGCCUGGAGAAUAAGAAUUGAAGAACGUAUCGCAAAGGCUAGGGCCCUCAUCGGCAGACUGAUAUGCUUCAGGUCAAGCAAAAACAGGCCAAGGAUUGUGCGCACCGUCAGGAUGGCAUUUGCUGGGACAAAUGUUAGUUUGUCCCAGCCGGGUAUAAUGCAAAAACUGACGGAGCGCAUAGACGACCUGAAGCAGAGAAUCGCUGCUUGGGGAAAGCGGAUUCGGCGAUAUACCGAGAGGUCGACACGGUUUAACCAGAAUCGUCUCUUCCAGAGUGAUCAGAAGAGGCUCUAUAAAUCGUUGGAGCGACCAAUGGUAAGUGGAACGGGCCCAGCACCGAAUCAGGCCGACACUGUAGCAUUCUGGCGCGGCCUGUGGUCAGAGCCCGUAAACCACAGCGAGGUCCCUUGGACGGAAGUUGUGGCGAGUUAG